AUGAAGUUGCUUGUGCUCCUUGGGCUGGUGGCCUUCUCAGAGUGCAUAGUCAAAAUACCUCUAACAAGAGUGCAGAUCAUGAGAAAAUCCCGCAGUCAAAAAAACAUGCUGAACAAUUUCCUGAAGAAACAUGCUUACAGACUGCACCUAACUUCUUCUCCUGGCUCAAAUAUAACUACUCACCCCCUGAGAAACUUCAAGGAUAUGUUGUAUGUGGGUAACAUCACCAUUGGAACACCCCCUCAGGAAUUCCGGGUUGUCUUUGACACAGGUUCAUCUGACUUGUGGGUGCCUUCCAUGUUUUGCUCCAGCCAAUUCUGUUCUUCACAGGUAUUGUUCAGACAUCGUGAGUCUUCCACCUUCUGCCCUACCUACAGGAAAUUCAGCCUCGAAUACAGUGUUGGGAGAAUGAGGGGAGUUGUUUAUGACACCGUUCGGAUUGGGGACCUUGUAAGUACUGACCAGGCAUUUGGUCUAAGCAUGGAACAUUCCGGGUUUGAGGGAAGGUCUAUUGAUGGCAUCUUGGGCUUGAACUACCCCGACUUAUCUUUCAGCGGAGACACCCCCCCCAUCUUUGACAACCUGAUGAAUCAAGGUGCCAUUUCUGAGCCGGUUUUUGCCUUCUACCUGAGCAACAUCUCCAUUAACAGCCGGGUUAUUGCUUGUAAUGGCGGCUGUGAGGCCUUUGUGGACACUGGGACAUCACUGAUCCUUGGUCCAAGAAGACUGGUCGAUAACAUCCUGAGACUCUUCGGCGCCACCAAGCACUAUGUUUCAUGUUCUGCGGUCAACACCCUGCCCUUUAUUAACUUCACCAUCAACGGCAUCAAAUACCCACUGCCAGCUCAAGCCUACACCAUCAAGGAUUCUAGUGGCAGCUGCUAUAUUAGCUUUAGAGAGAACCAAGAGAGUACAUCUACAGAGACCUGGGUCCUGGGUGACGUCUUCCUGAGGCUGUAUUUCUCGGUCUUUGAUCGAGGAAAUGACAGGAUUGGCCCGGCACAGGCAGUGUAA